GGGGCUUGCUUUGGAGGGACACAAAGUGUCGGCUUCUCAUCCGGUCUCCCGGAAGAUGAUUUCCACCUGAAUAAAUCCCACCCGUGCGCUCUGCGGCCGUUACGCAAGAAGGGCCAACCGGCUUUGCAGCGCAGUUACCCCGGUCCCAUGGCAGGUGAUUGCUUGGACACGGGCUGCUCAGCAGCAGCAAGAAACAUCCAGAUCUCCAGUCUGCAUAAUGGGUCCCACGUCUCAGCUGCCUCCCUUCCACAUCCGUCCCCUGUGUCUGAGGGAGAGGAAAGCCUGGUUAGCCAGCUAACCACUGAAGAUCUGGGGCUGUCAGGACCUCCAUGUGCUCUCAACCCAAACAAGGCCGUUCUUACCGUGGAUCGUAAAACUAGAGGGAUUUCAGCUGCUAAUGACAAGGCCUGCAAAAUGUUUGAAUGUUCAUCUAAUGAGUUGAUUGGGAAAAAGCUGACCAGUAUUUUGAAGACCAGUAAGGUCCUAGAAGAGGCCAUGGCCGAAGAGUAUCUGCAAGUAGAUGGAACGGUUGCAGCUGUGUCUGGAAAAGUGUUGGAUGCUUUGACCAUUUCUGGGGAAGUGCUGGUGUCAGUGUGGACCUACAAACAGUCACAGAAUGGGCAAGAACACUUGCUUGUCAUGAUGGAGCAUGUGGAGAGGGUAUCAGGCUUUGUCUCUUUUUCGCAAGAUGGCAGUAUCCUCAGCUGUGAUUUGGCGUUUGCCCAUCUCCACGGAUACCACCAGGCUGAGGAGUUGACAGGGGUGUCUGUUACAGAACUAAUCCCCUCUUUACAAAUUCCCCUUCAUGGCCAUUCAUUGCCCAAAACGCUGAGAGUUCAGAGAGUUCGAGGUCAAGGAAGAGGGGGUGCUUCCAUCCCCCUGUAUGUCAAACUACAGGGGGCCGUGGUAUGUGGGAGACCCCUGCAGCAAAGCGAUGGGACGAGAUACACUAACCCAGCAGACGCUCACACAGAAACGGACAUGCUGGAGAAGCAGCAGUGUUUCUGCCCCACAGUCAAAGUGUGCAGCACAGCAGAGAUGUCACAACUAGAGGACAGUGAGCAGCCUUUUGAUAAAGAUCUCUCCUCUGAAAUCAAAGAGGACAGUGUUUCCCUGGUGUACUCGGGGACAGUGUGGGUGUUUGUUCCUUUGAGCGGCCUCCUCCUCCUCCACGCAGAUGGCUCCAUCCAUGGCAUCCACAAUCACCUGGCCCUCAGUCUGUUUGGCUACAGCAAGGACGAGUUGCUGGGAAAGAGUGUCACUUUCUUGAUGCCUGGUUUCUAUGGAUGGAUGUGCAUCUUGGACCAGAGUGCCAGUCCCCUUUCACAUUCUAGGGUAGAGCGUGUUGUCCGCAGCACCUCACCUAAACCAUCAUUGUGUAAUUCAGAACCUUCCUCACUGGUGGCUGGGGACAUGGUCACAGUGCACCAGGCAGUUCUGGGUAGAACCUCCACUGGGAGAGGCAGGAUCUUCACUGGAACCAGCAACAAGCUAGAGAAACCAGAAAGUGUUCUCUCCACCCUGUCCCCUCCUGCUGUGACUUCCACUCGCCUUGUCACAGCUGAUGACACUACAGAGCUGAUGGAGGCAGCUGCAUUGUUAGCGCCUUGCAGUAGCCAGCUAGACAGUGCGGACACCACCCAGGCACUCCUCCAGACUUUUGCCUUGGUGGAAACCCCAGAGGCAGACACCCUCUGCCUGGAUCCCAAUAAACCCUCACACUACAGCCCAAAACAGCAGUGCUGCAGUAACAUUCAGCAAAAUGGUCAACCCCCCAUUAAAGUUGUUCCAGAUGCACCCACCCAGGUUGAAUGCGCCAAUGCCAGACUGACUGGAGCCUCCCAUCGUCAAGCCAUAGACCAUCAAUCAAGUGCCUCUGUCCUUCAAGACUCCAGCUUUGAGGUCAUCUCCAUGGAGACCAGGUCUUCCUCUGGCUUCUGUGAGAGGUUUGUUCGUCACGGUGGUUCCAGUCCUGACCGGGAAGAGGGCUCCCAUUCACCCCACAUAGUGGACUCAGCCAGCUGCUUUCUAGACCUUGACACUAACGGUCACCUGGUAACCCAGGCCAUGGCUGGCCUAAACUUAAACAGAAGUAUAGACCUGCCCAGUAGGGGACAGGACCCCGAUGAGGACCAGCGCUCCCUGACAUCGUGCACUACAGCUGAGCUCCUGCAUACCCCCCCCCCGUACAUGGUGGAGUUUGACCAGGGGGAAGAGUCUGUCGGGAAUCCCACCACAAAAACCAGUACUAGCUUAUUACAGGCACAUCAGCAUGCUGAGAAGGACGGAGUAGCGCAGGACCAGUGGGCUGUUCUCUCAUCAACCCACAAUGGCCAGAGCCAGGAGUUCUGUGCACAAAUUAAAAGUGGAACACAGUUACUGACAGACAUUCCUGCCACGUCUACUCCGAAGAAACAGAAGAUGAAAGGGUCCAUCUUGGCCUCACACGCUGAACAGAUACUGGAAGGGCAGUUUCAGGGAAGUGCAUACCAUAGAGAUGGCACAAGAAUAGAUGUGCAGUGUGAUGUGUGCAGGACUGACCUCCCUGAUGGCACCUCUGUCUUCUGUGUGUGGAUGAGCAGGCCAGGCCAGCAGGGACCACUGUUGCAGGUCGAUGGGACCUCACAACAUGACAUCUCUGGUGCCAGCCUUGGAGAGAGGAUUGGUGAGGCUGGUUAUGUUGAAGCUCUGCGUUCCACAAUGGAUCUGGAGCAGACACGAGCCUGUGACGGCCAGUUUGCAGAAGAGUACCAGCCUUCUAAAGCUGUGGGUAAAGGAGCCUUUGGCUUUGUCUGGAAGGCAUUGAGGCGCCGUGAUGGGCAAGAGGUGGUGGUAAAGUUUAUCCAUAAGGCCAGGAUAGUGAGUGAAUGCUGGGUGGAUGACCCCAUUCUGGGCCGGGUCAGCCAGGAGAUUGCCAUACUGACACGAGUACAGCACCACAACAUCGUCAAGGUGCUGGAGGUAUUUGAGAAUGAGAGCUAUUUCCAGAUGGUGAUGGAGAAACACGGAGAGGGUCUGGACCUCUUUGAGUUCAUAGACAAGCAGCCAAGGCUGGAUGAGCCCCUGGCCAGUUACAUCUUCAGACAGUUGGUGGCAGCGGUGUUCUACCUGCAGAAAAAGAACAUCCUCCACAGGGACAUUAAAGAUGAGAACAUCAUCAUCGACAGGUGUUUCCACAUCAGACUGAUAGACUUUGGCUCUGCUGCCCUGCUGGUCCCAGGAAAGCUCUUCUACAAUUUCUGUGGCACUCUGGAAUACUGCUCUCCCGAGGUGCUCCAGGGGCUUCCCUAUCAGGGCCCAGAGCUGGAGAUGUGGUCUCUAGGGGUGUUGCUCUACACACUGCUGUUUAGUGAGAAUCCAUUCUGUGAUGUGGAGGAGAUCAUGGAGGCCAAACUAAAGCCCCCCUUCUCUCUCUCCCCAGAGCUCACUGGCAUGUUGUCUGGCCUGCUGCACCCUGAUCCUAGCCAGAGGAUGACCUUGGACCAGCUGCUGCUGCAGUCUUGGAUCAGCCAGCCUAUCUCCCUGGCUGAGUACAGCUGGAAUGAGGUGGUCCCUAAAAAUCAGAUCCAAAGCCCACCACAAUACCGAGAGUGCACCCCCGGGGAGUACCUGGAACCAGCCUUGUUCCCAGAUACAGGUGAUGAAACUCUACCUGAUGAAGAGGAUGAGGAUGAGAACAUGUCAAUGGUGGCCCUGGAGACUGAGCUGCAGAGGUACCUAUGUGAUGACUGAAGACUUGAGUUCAAACCUGCCAUACUGUAGCAGUGUUGUUCUCCCAGUGUUUACCUCGCUCACUGGAGCCCAAACAUCCGUCCAACACUGGUUUUUCAAAGUCGCAAAUGGUCUGAGUAAAAGCAGUACGAAGUCAAAA